GCCGCCCGGAGCUCCCCCAUGCGCGGGGCGCGGGGCCCCGGCCCGCCGGGCGGCUGCGGCAGCGCCCGGGGGCUGCUCGUCGUGGGGAAGGGACUGUCCAGAGGUUCCACAAGUCGAUGUAUCUCCGGAAAAAGUGGAGAGUCUCUUCCAUCAGUUUUUGCAAAAAAUGUGCAGGAAGCCAUCGACAGCUAUACUUGUGAAACGCUUUCAUCACUUUCAUCUAGUGGUUGUACAACACCCACAGAGUUGAAGAAUUCUUGGUCUGGAAUACACAGCUAUACUACUGGUUUGUCUACUGAAAGAAGUUCGAUUUACUCCUGGAGGGAUGAUGAAUUUGAUAAAGCCAACACACAGAGAGUACAUCAGUUAUUUUUGGAGAUUGAUGAAAUGCUGUUUGAAGGAAAAGUGACCACCCAAACAGAGAGCCUGCAGGUUGAAUGUGCCAAUUGGGUUGAACAAUUUCCUCACCUAAGGGUUCUAGGAAAGCAGCUCCUAGUGCCAAAGGAUGAAGGCUUUCAGCAUUUUCAGAGCAGAAAUGAUGCCUAUCUGGAUACUAAGUGUCUGCCCUGCCUCUGUGAAUAUACUAGUAAUACGAAAGAGCUCUGCAUUUCAGGCUCUAAACUGAUCCCAACAGCAUCUCCAAUGCAUAAAUCACUGGAUUCAAGUUCUACUGGGAUUUCUGACUCAGCCAUGUAUUCCUUCCUGGAAGAAGAAAUCUAUGAUAUGGAUGGAAAAAUAGAAGAAUAUCUUGCCUUUGACAGCAAGGAACUUGAUGAUGAGAGUUGGGAACAAAAGAAGAUGUGUCUCUCUGAGAAGAGGAGUAAGCGUGGCAUUCCCCCUGUUUCUCCCAAUGCCUGUAUCAAAGAUGCUGUGGCUUCUGAAGUAUUUGAUCAUGUCUGGAACAGUGUCAUUGAAAUAUUGGAGGAACUGAUUAAAAAAAAUUGGGAAACUAGUAUCCCAGAGUGUGACAAAAAAUUGGGAAAACUGAAAACUGUUACAGUAAAACUGCCACAUUUGCCAGCCAUUCAUAUUGUAACAGAUGCUGGGAGCAUUCCUCUUUCCAGAGGCUCUGAAGCACGAAGUGUAUCUUUUGGGCCUCAUUCUGUUUCAUCACAGGUUCAACGUUUCUCCAGUAACUUCUGUAGUGAUUUGAACGGUGUGAUGACAAUUCAAGCAAAACCACUCCAACAGAGACAUGUUACCAGAGUAGAAAAAAUACAGAAUGAGCAAGAAGACAAACAGCAAAGCGCUGCCUCUAGUGCUCCAAAUUCAGCCCAUACUAGGUUGGGGAGAAUUUCUGAUAAUAGUAUUCUGUCAUCAUCUCGGGCACUGCUGGCAUCUUCUAGGAAACAACCAAACCAUCGGAGGUUACCUUCUCUCACCUCUGACCAACUCUACUCAAAAGUUCCUAAUACAUACAAUGAGGAAAUCCUAAGAGGAACAAAAUUGGUUGCCAGCUCAGAUCGUUUGUCUUCUGCUCGUGCACCUGCAACCCGGAACAAGUUACCACCAAUAAAUUCUGAGGCUGUUGAACAAUAUCUUUCAGUACCUCGACUGCAACAGAGCUCUCAUCAAGGACUAUAUGCUCUUAGCAGAGUGUCAAGUGCAGUGCCUGGCCAGACAGAGCAACCGCCACUCAGAGAAAGAACUGUUACUGUUAAUCAAUUUUCAAGGCCCAACACAACUCAUACAUUCAGGAGAGACACAUCUCAGAAGAGAUCACUGACUCCCAUGGAUAUUGCUAACCACAGAGGGAUGGAUCAAGGAUUUUUGAUAACAGGCUCACAGCAUCACUACAGAUCUGUUCAGAGAAAUCCUUCAACCUCAAGAAAGUGAUUUCAGAUUGCUUCUUAACCCAUUUUAGGAAGAAACAGAAACCCUCUGCACUGAAUGACUGAGCAAAGCACUAAAUUUGCUACCUAGUAUCUUUGUGUAAUAAAGAAGGUGUGCAGUAUGCUGGUGCUUACUGAGCCUUGCAAUCUUCAGAAUGCCUGCAUUGCCUUCUUUUAAAAUUGUCUGACCAGAGGUUAGAUUAAAAAAUAGAGCAAAAUUAAAUAAAUGGUUGAGAUGUCUUCUCUGUUUGCAGCGUCAAGAUGCUGCUGUUGCACUUUCCUCUCAGGCAUUCCUCCUUUUUCUGUCUUUCAUAGGGAAUUGUUAUUCUGUGUAUAGAAGUGAAUAAGUUACAUUGAGGCCAUAAAGUCCUGCUCCCAGAUUUUUUUUUUUUUGCUCAGUGUUAAAGAUAUUCUAGUCUAUGUAAACAUCAGUCAUAUAUAAAAUUUAUACUUUUAAACAAGAGUUUGCAGUACUUCCUCCUUAAUCACUGUUUCAAUAUUUCUCUAUUUUUCUGCUUACUGCAGUUGAUUUCCUACAAAUAUUGUCUGUCCCUACUUUUUCUUUAUCCAUUAAUUCUUUUGUAAUGGAAUUCAUUUAUUGCUUUUGCUUACACUGUUCUAGUCAUCAAUUACUAUGGGAACUGCUGGGAUAAACUUUGUUUACAGGAAAUAAUUUUCUCCUGCCAGUCUGAAGAUGUCUAUAGAUGCCGAGCAAUUGAAACAGCAUCCUGACAAGUCUGUAAGACUUUUCCCACUUCUUGAGGUUUCUUAUAAAAUAAUAUGUGUUAUUGUACAAAUUAAUCAUCUUUUGAAAUAUGUGAGCCUUAAGCAAGAAAAUAUUUACUUAACUGAUGAAAGCAUUAUUUCAUACCUCUUUGUGUAGACCCAAAUGGGAAGAUCAAAAAGGAGACUGGAAUUGUGUUCUGUCUAGGAAACAAAGCACUGCUCAGAUCCCUGGCUAUUAGUACUGUGAGCAUUCACAGAUCGAAGGAUUCCUCCUUCCAUCAGAGAGCCAGUAGUUGAAGCAGAUGCAUUUGAGGUGCUGUUGAAAUGAAAAGGAAGGAUGAGAAAAGGUUACUUGCCCAAAUUGUGCAGUUAAGACGAGUAACAGUUUUUUCUUCUCCUUGGGAACUAAUACCAGUUCUCCUCACUUUUUGUGAAUGUUCAAGGAUUAAUAAUCCCAGGCACAAAGCAUUUGUAGUGUAUAUUUUAUAUCUAUGCUGUUAAUCAGACUUCUGAUUUUUGUAAAUGCACUUUUUUAUAGGCACUGUAUUCUUUUGGAUACUGGCUUAGUAUUUGUCUUUGACUACAUUAAGUUCACUCACUGGUGAUGGUAUGGUAUAGUAUUUGAGAAAGCAGAAUGCUUAAACUUUGCAGUUGCAGAGCAAUUUCAUACAAUUGCAGAUCAAUCUGAUGGAGUUGCUUCAGAAAUCUCACAUCAAAGAGGACUUCCAGAAUUACAGAAUUAAUGUCUUCAGCAGCAUGUCCAAACUAUACUUUUGCUCUUGUGAGUGCUCCCUCCUGUAUUGUACAGACCUUAACAAGAAUGCAGAGAAGCAAUGGCAAAAUGUGUCCCUUUCCAUCUUGUACUUUGCAUUUCAUAGCAAUGUAAAUCUUAUGUUGUGAACUAAAUGAAAAGAUGAACAUGCACUGUUUGAUUCUGUAACAACAGAAGUGAAGUGAUAAGCACUGAACCACUGAGGAGUGGUUCAUCAUCUGACCCUUUGCGAAAGAGAGAAGAUUGCUGACAUCUAUGAAGCAAUGGAGCUCAGUGGACUUCUAUAUUGUUUUCUAUAUGGAGAGAAGAGCAGAACAACAAACAGUCUGCUAAUUACUAGAGCCACAACAGAAUGCUCUCAGCUGGCAGGAGAGAAGGAAGAGGAAUGUUUGCUGUCUACCAGAAGUAUUUUAACACUUUUACCUUUUGGUCAGCUUUGGGCACCUGACAGAAUCACUGUCAUCUUACAUCCUGAUCAUCAUCAUCAUAUCAUUGACUCAUUCUAUGUUGGACUAAAUCUAAAGAUUUAGUCCAAUCUUUAAUGGCUGUGGCUUUAACAGUCUAGACAAGAUGGCCCAGCAUCCUGUCCAGCUGAAUCUGAAGUGUCCAGUGUUGGGGAAUCCACAACUUCCCACAUAGUGGGAUCAUUACAAUGGCUGAUUGUUCUCAUCAUGAAAAAUUUUCUUUUUGUAUCCAAUCAGAAUCUCCCCAGGUAUGACUUGCACCUAUCACCCCUUGCUUUUUCCAUGUGAUCCCUUACAAAAAGGGAGUCUCUGUCUUCUUUGUAUGUACCCUUGAAAUACAAGGACAUGGUGAUAAGGUGUCCUCUAAGCUUCUUUUCUCCAGGCUGGACAAACCAACUUCUUUCAGACUUUCCUUCCACAGCAGGCUUCUUAGUCCUUUAGUCAUUUUGUGGCCCUUCACUGUACCUUAUCCAGUCUGUCCAAAUCUUUCUUGUAUAGCAGGGACCAAAACAGAACACAAUGUUCUAGAUGUGGCCUGACCAGCACUGUGUCAAGUGCUAGUGAUAAAGUGAUUUCUUUAUUUCUGCUGGUGAUGUCCUUGUUGAUGCAACCCAGCAUUGUGUUGGCUUUCUUUACUGCAGCAGCAAACUGUUCACUUAUACUGAGCUGUUUCUUCACUGUUACCGCCAGGUCGCUUUCCAUAGAGCUGCUCCCCAGCCAGGUAGGUCACAGCCAGUGCUGCUCUUCCUAGACUAUAUUUUCCCAAAUGCAUAACCUUAGCAUGUCCUUGUUGAACUUCAUCAGGUUGCUAGCCUACUCUUCCAACCUAUCCAGGUCUUCCUGCAAGGUGCCUCGCCUCUCCCUUCCAAAGUGUCCACUUCCCCACUCAGGUUGGUAUUGUUGAUGAACUUCAUUAGGGUACACUUGAUCCCAUCAUCCAAAUCACCGAUGAAAAUAUUAAACAGGGUUUUACUAGUAUCAAUCCCUGGGGGACUCCACUUGUGACGGUUGCCAGUUUGAAAAGGAGCUAUUUACACCAUCCGGUGGGUGUGGCUGGUCAGACAAUUCCCCACCCGCCACGUGGACCACUUGUCCAGAUUAUCACACAUCAGAUUCUGUAGGAGGAAGCUGUGGGAAAUCAUAUCAGAGGCUUGGAGAUAGCCAGGUAGGCAGUGUCCACUGCUUGCUCUGUAUCAACUGAGCAGGUUACUUUGUUGUAAAAGGCAAUCGGCUUUGUCAAGCACAAUUUGCUCUUCAUAAAUCCAUACUGGCUUUUCUUAAUCACAUGCUUCAUUAGACUUGUGACAGCUCCUAGGAGAAUUUGUUCCAUAAGUUUGCCAGGGACCAGACUAGGACCAAUGGACCUGCCAUUUCCUGCAUCCUCCUUUAAGUCCUUCUUGUAGAUGGGAUUGGCAUUAACCUUCUUUUAGUCUUCUGGGAUGUCUCCCAAACUCCACAACUUCCCAAAGAUUAUGGAGAGUGGCCUCGGGCCGUGUCAGCCAGCUCUCUUAACACCCUUGUUGGGUAUUGUCAGAGCCCAUUAAUCUGUAGGGGUCAAGCUCCUGUAAGAGUUCACAUAUCAACCCUUCCUUCACCUGUGGUGGGUCUGUGUUUGCAUCAGCCAGGAUUUUUGUUCCUAAGGCCUGGUACUGGAAAGGAUGUAGGUGAAGAAAGUACCUCUGCCUUUUCAGUCUUGAUGGUGACUAAUUCACCUCUCCUGUUUAACAGCAGACAAAUAUUUUCCAUCUGUCUCUGCUUGUUGUUUAAGUACCUGUCCUGGUUUCAGCUGGCAUGGAGUUUAUUUUCUUUGUAGUAGCUGGCAGAGUGCUCUAUUUUGAAUUUGCUAUGAGAAUAAUGUUGAUAACGCCCUGAUGUUUUGAUUGUUGCUAAGUUGUGUUUGCCCCACAUCAAGGGCUUUUCAGUGUCCCAUACUUCUGCCAGUGAGGAGAUCCAGAAGAAGCUGUGAGGGAGCACGGCCAGGACAGCUAACCCUGACUGCCCAGAGCGAUAUUGCAUACCACGGAAUGACCUGCACAGUAUAUGAACUGGUGGGAGUUGGCUGGGAGGGGCCCAUUGCUGCUUGGGGGUGGACUGGGGAUUGAUCAGCAGGUGGUGAGUGAUUGUAUUAUGCAUCACUUGUGUUGCUUGGGUUUUAUUCCUCUCCAUUUCCUAUUUUUAUUUUACUUUACUGUAUUUCAAUCAUUAAACUGUUCUUAACCAA